GACUGGAAUUUUGCCCCUCCCCCCUUCAGAUUGAUCCUCAUAGAUCAUAAUCUUUCUUCUACAAUGGUUAUAAAUUACAUGACGGUUAGAACAAGUUGCUCCAUUCACUCGUUGUAUUCUAGUUUUUUUACUAACCCACUGUACAAUCACUUAUAGCCACAGUUAUGCAGUUUCAACCCUCCAUUCUCACUCCUUUCUUCGCCCUUUUCACAAACGCUCAAUCCAUCAGUUUUCCUGAUAUCAGUAUCCCAUCCACACCUAAAACUGAUAUAGCCAACGGCCAAUUAUCCUCAUCCUCAUCCUCAUUUUCAUCAUCUUCCAGCUCUUUUGCAAACGGUCAAGGAAGCAGCAAUAUCCAGCAAGUUAGCACAACGUGUAAUUCCGACGCCAACUGCGAAACUCGGGUCAAUGGCAUCGUUAAUGGGACCGCGGUAGACGCUACAACUCUUGGAACAUCAACUGUGAGGAUAAUUAGCACGAGCACGAUUCCUGCUGCUAGUGGGACCUCACAGCAGAGUGAGCAGACUGCUGGUCCUAUUCGGAACGGAGGGUUGCUCGGGGGAAAUGCAGAUUUGGCAACGAGUGGAACGGCGGGGAGUACUGUGAUUGUUACGAAAACGGCGUCUGCAAAUCCCACUGGUGUGGCGAAGGUGCAGGAUACGAGUAGUGAAGCUAGAAGGGGAAUUGGUAGGACCGGAAAUAUAAUGACGUUGGCACUUGGGAUUGCAAUCGGGGCUUUGGCACUGUAGGCGUCGGUCUUGGAGUGUUUUUAUUCGUCGUAUUGUUAAGAGUAUGGUCAUUGACGCUGUUCUUUCGUUUACAGGAGAAGGGGCAGUACAUAAGGUUCGAUGGUUGAAUCGCUACCAUAAAAGUAGGGCACUGGUCUUUUAAGAUUCUGAACAUGGAUAUAGGAGCUGCGCGGAGUUUCUUGGGGUUCUCAGUACAGGAGUAGCUGCUGGUAUUUUUCUUAAACAGAUGUGUGACUUUGGUCUGCUAAAUUAUUUUCA